GAAUGUGGUCACUCGGUCACUGACCCAUAUUAAAAAAAUGCAUUUUCAUCCGACCUAACCAUUCAAGUAUUCAACAAGUUGGAAGAGUGACACUGACAACUGAACCAUUGACUGACAGUGACUAAGUUACUGUAUUACUGGAGAAGUACAGUAGUACAGAAGGUUUUCUGUAAAGUAAAGUAAACUGAAAAUUUAGUUUUAGUUUAUCGUUAUCACGACUUGCCGCCUUGAGCAGUAUGGAAAAAUCAGAUAUAAUGCUACCAGAAGUGGCUAGUUAUCUUGCAAACCAGAAGGUGUUGGUCACCGGUGUCACAGGCUUUGUUGGCUUGGCCCUAGUGGAGAAAUUGCUUCGCACCGUUCCUGACAUUAAUACUAUCUAUGUUCUUAUUCGAGCCAAAAGAGGCAAGAGUAUGGAAGAUAGGCUCAAUGAGAUCAAAGAAAAUGCUAUUUUUGAAACACUUAUCAACAAAGAAAAAGCAUCGGCUCUGAGCAAGUUGGUGGCUGUGGAAGGCAACAUAGAUGCUGACCAGAUAGGCCUGAGUGAACAGGACCUUCAGACAGUCAUCAGUAAUGUAAACUAUGUAUUCCAUUGUGCGGCCACGCUUGACUUUGAGGCGAGUCUCAAGACCACCGUGGAAAUCAAUCUUCUAGGAACAAGGAGGAUUGUUGAAUUAUGCAAGAAAAUGCAAAAUCUUAAGACGCUGGUACACGUUUCAAGUGCUUAUACCAAUGCUAACAGACAAAGUGCUGAUGAGAUUAUAUAUCCUCCUCCUGAGGAUGUUAACAAAGUGGUGGAACUAGUACGCACUCUCUCUGGUACCCAACUGGAAGAGGUCACACCCUCGUUGCUGAAGAACCACCCAAACACAUACACAUUCACCAAGGCUUUAGCUGAACAUGAAGUGGCCAAUUCCUUCCAAAACUUCCCAUCAUGCAUUAUCAGACCCAGCAUGAUUGUUGGUGCUUGGAAAGAACCUGUUCCUGGUUGGACCAACAGCAAGAAUGGACCUCAAGGAUUUAUUAUGGGUGCUGCUAUGGGAGUAGUAAGAAGACUGCCAGUUGGGAAACAUCUGGUGUAUGACUACAUCCCUGUAGAUGUGGUUGUUAACACUAUGAUCGUAGCUGCUGUAUACACAGUUAGUCAAAAGAAUCAGCUAACUGAAACUCCCAUCUUCCAGUGCACAUCAAGCACCCACAAACCGUUCCGUUGGGCUAAUGUGGAACACUUGCUGUCAGACUUGCUCCACAAAUACCCUCUAAUGCAGGCUGUUUGGUAUCCACACCUAAAGCUGCUGCCUUCCAUCACUCAUUUCCGAGUCUCUGCAUUUAUUUUCCACAUGAUCCCAGCCUACAUCUUUGACACCAUCUCAAGAGUAUCAGGAGUGCGUCCAAAGCUGGUCAGACUUCACACCGCAGUGAACCAGUCUCUUGACAGACUUGAGCCAUUCAUCUUCCAAGAGUGGAUGUUCGACAACAGCAAGUCACUAAGACUACACCACUCUCUGGCACCCGCAGAUAAGGAAGUUUAUGGCCUAGAUGUGGCAUCACUGCAGUGGGAGCCCUUCUUUGAAGAUAUGGCUAAAGGUGUUCGCCGAUACUUGCACAAGGAGAAGGAUAGCACACUUGACCGUGCACGCAACAAAGACAAUUUGUUGAUGGUGGCUAACUUGAUGUUACAAGUUGCUCUUUUUGCGUUGUUCUGGUUCAUCAUCAAGUGUGUAUUUGGAGUUUCAGCAGGUCAGGCCGCUCUAGUUCUUCCAUUCCUGUAUGUUCUAUUCAGCAUAUUGUAAAUUAGCGUUCGAGGUCGAAGCAUACAAUACUGAUUAUUUUUUCACAUAGGAUUAAACACAAGUAUUUUCUUCAUUAGUAUUGAUUUAUAUAUUGUUAGUACUAAUUAUAACAUAGUAAAUAAUGAAUAUAACUUGAGCGUAUGUACAACAUUAAAAUAUUGCAAAAAGAAAACAAGUGGUAUAAUGUGAUAAGUAACAAAAGAACGUUGCUGAGUUUUUUAUAAUUACACCUGCUCAAGUUUUUUUUUUUUUUAUUGUACUUUAGUUUGGUUUGGUUUUAAUUCAUAUGGGUCUCAUUUUAUAUUAAAUAUUUUAUCACAUUUUCACUGUGUUGAUUUGAAAAUCAUUGUGUUUAUUUCGUUUUUAAAAUGUUGUGUCUCCUCAUCAAUUUAACUUCAGUUAUUGCACAAAUCAAAUACUUGUAUGUGUUUUCCACAAUGUUUCACAUGAUAUUAAAGAUUGUGAAUCAGAAUUGAUAAGUUCAAUUAAAGUUGAACACCAAAUAACUAUUUUGUUAACACAUUACGUUAAACUUACAAUACAAUGGGUAUAACCAAGUUUUCAAUAUUCAAUUAAGCUGUACAAUCUGUUCACAAUAAAUAGGUAUUAUUCUGGUUCAUUAAUUUGAGCAGUUAAAAUUAAAUUUUAUCAAUGCUAUGGUUAAUUUGGAUUUGUCUUGUUUGUAUUGCUUUAGUAAUUACAGUGUAAUUUUAUAUAUGUCAGUAUUACUAAUAAACAUGAUUUACUUUUGGAAAUCAAAAUUAGGUUAUUUAGCUAUUAGAAAUACAAUGUGUUAAUGUUAAAUUGUUUGAAUAAUAACAAAGUAACUUUGAAAUUUUUGUUUUAUUUUAUUUAUUUUUUAUGUCUGAUCUAAGUGACUGGAUAUAAAAGCAGAAAGAUGUUUGUUUUUAAAUUAAGAAAAAAUACACAUGGGCAACAUUGUUUUUAUUGUAAUGUAAAAUAAUGAUGCAGUCCCUGCCAGCUCAGUCAGUCUGUAAUUAUUUCGUGAUAUUAAAUUACACUUUCAAAUAGUUAACCUAAAAUUAGCUUUAAAUUUAGUUAUUUACCCAAACUUAUUCCAAUUUUACAUUCAUGAUUUCUCAAAAGAAGGUUAAACAUUUAUAUUGCUAUAUUAUUUCAUUUUUAUUAAAGGCAUAAUGAAGUUGACUGUUACCUGUUAAUUAUGUUAUGGAAAAGUUUUUAAACCUUUAUGAACCAGAAAUCCCUGAUGUUGAGAAAAUGUCACUUAAUUUGUCCCCAAAUAUCCAAAAAUAAUUAUCUCUACAAAUAGCUAAUGACACUGUUACUUCUUAUUUUUUCAAUUUAUCUAUAAUACUUCCAGAUUGUGUAUGCUUACAUUACACUUUCAGUACAUUAUCUGUACUUAAAACAUACUUUCUCCGUUCUUUUUUAAAGGGAGUUAUUAUUACCACAUAUAAUUUGUAAUGGUUGCAGUCACAUUCCAUAUUUGUACACGUCAAUUCUUGACAGCGAUUAUUUUAUUUCCUCUGGAAUUAUUUUUGUUAGAUACUUUGAUAUUAUGAUAUCGCUGUUAUAGAAGAAAUCAUGUUUCCAUGUUUCAUUAUUUAUGUUUUAUAUUUUUACUAUAUGUUGUUUACUUUGUAAUUAAUAUAGCACGGAUAUAUUUUAUGACUAAGAAAUAAAAAUAUACUUUUACAUGUUUAUAUUCA